CCCCACGUGGCAGGGACGCGUGUACGUAGUAGUCUUCGUUUAAAAGAGAAACACGUGUCAAAGCAUUCGGGAGAUGACAAGAGAUGAAUGAACGGUUUGGAUGAAUCGGUUCUGGGACAAGGUUGGGCAGGACGGUGAGGGGCACCUGUCAAUCUCGUCGUCGUCCUCGUCGUUAAAAGGAGGAAGAGUUGUGAGGGAUUUCCCUUAGUUUUUUUUGUUUCUCUAAUUCUCUUUCGUGAAGCGAGAGCGCGUUUGCUUUGAUUGAGGUUUUGUGGUCUUCUCUAAUGGCGGAGGUAUGCUGUGAGGUGGUGAGUCCGAGAGAGGUGGUUACAGAGUCAUGUGAGCCGAGCACACGGGCAGCGAGGCGGAGAAGGAUGCAGCUAAGGAGGAUAAAGUUUGUAUCAGGCGUCGGUGCAGUGGUUGGCACGGCGGAGCCGAUGAGGAAAAGGCAGCGUGUGGAGUUGCUGGAAGAUGUUGUGAGGAGUGGCGCCGUAGAGCAUCAUCGGGCAGGGUCGGGGAGUGGGACGAACUCCAGCUCGUGUGCUCCUCGUCGUGCUAAGUAUGGCAUGACGGCGGUGUGUGGACGGAGGAGAGAGAUGGAAGACGUUGUCUCGAUCCAGCCGGAGUUCCUCCGGGGUAGUCUAGGUCACGAGACGUACCAAUUCUAUGGGGUUUUUGACGGGCAUGGGUGUUCGCAUGCGGCGGUGUUGUGUCAGGAUCGAAUGCAUGAGUUGGUGGCAGAGGAGAUAAGGAUGGUUGACACUGGAUCCAUGGCGAUGGCUGUAAGGAACUGGGAAGGGGUAAUGAAAAGGAGCUUCUUGAGAAUGGACGCGGAGGUCGAAGACUGGCGCGGUAGCAUUCGGACAGGCACCUGCAAGUGUGAGCUGCGUAUGCCUAAUUGUGACCACGUGGGAUCAACAGCCGUGGUGGCAGUGGUCACACCGGACCAAAUCAUCGUCAGCAACUGCGGUGAUUCUCGUGCUGUAUUAUGUAAAGGAGGUGUUGCCAUCCCCUUGUCCACUGAUCACAAGCCUGAUCGGCCGGAUGAGAUGGAACGUAUUGAACAGGCUGGUGGUCGUGUCAUCUAUUGGGAUGGGCCUCGAGUUCUUGGGGUGCUUGCUAUGUCUAGAGCCAUAGGGGAUGCAUAUCUUAAACCAUACGUGAUAUCGGAGCCGGAGGUGACGGUGACGGAGAGGACAGGGGAGGAGGAGUGUUUGAUAUUGGCAAGUGAUGGGUUGUGGGACGUUGUGAGUAAUGAGAUGGCAUGUGACAUCGCUAGGAUGUGUUUGCGGGCCAGUGGAGGAGAUGGGGACGAAAGCGUUGGUUAUGAAACCGAGGGCCAUGCGAGAAGAGGUUCGGAUAAGGCUUGCUGUGAUGCGUCCAUGUUGCUCACCAAAUUGGCGCUCGCUAGACACAGUGCUGAUAACGUCAGUGUUGUUGUUAUUGAUCUCAAACGGAGAUCAUAAUCAGUCACAGAAACAAAAUUAUAUAAAUAUAUCUACACGCAAGUCUGUAUAAUACAUGCUUUUGUUUUUAGUUUUUUUUUUUUCAAAUAUAUAUAUAUAUAUAUAUGUAAGCAGAGAAGAGCAAGUUUUCUUGGAAAUACUUUUGGACUACACAUUA